UUCCGCCGCGGCGCCUCUUCCUCCGCGCGUCCCUGGAGUCCGCGCGUCUCCGAGUGCUACCCGGAGUCUCGGUGACGGAGGCCACACCGCCCGAGCCGGCGGAGAGCGCCGCCCAUCUCCGCCCGACCGGCGCCAUGGCCGCCCCCGACCUGUCCACCAACCUCCAGGAGGAGGCCACCUGCGCCAUCUGCCUUGACUACUUCACCGACCCCGUGAUGACCGACUGUGGCCACAACUUCUGCCGCGAGUGCAUCCGGCGCUGCUGGGGCCAGCCCGAAGGCCCGUACGCCUGCCCCGAGUGCCGCGAGCUGUCCCCGCAGAGGAACCUGCGGCCCAACCGCCCGCUCGCCAAGAUGGCCGAGAUGGCGCGGCGCCUGCACCCGCCGUCGCCCGUCCCGCAGGGCGUGUGCGCCGCGCACCGCGAGCCUCUGGCUGCCUUCUGCGGCGACGAGCUGCGCCUGCUGUGCGCCGCCUGCGAGCGCUCGGGGGAGCACUGGACGCACCGCGUGCGCCCGCUGCAGGACGCGGCCGACGACCUUAAGGGUAAGCUGGAGAAGUCCCUAGAGCAUCUGCGGAAGCAAAUGGAGGACGCGCUGCUGUUCCAGGCCCAGGCCGAGGAGACCUGUGCCUUGUGGCAGAAGAUGGUGGAGAGCCAGCGGCAGAACGUGCUGGCAGAGUUUGAGAGGCUGCGCCGGCUGCUGGCAGAGGAGGAGCAGCGGCUGCUGCAGAGGCUGGAGGAGGAGGAGCUGGAGGUCCUGCCCCCGCUGCGGGAGAGCGCUGCCCGCCUGGGUCAGCAGAGCGCGCAGCUGGCCGAGCUCAUCGCAGAGCUGGAGGGGCGCUGCCAGCUGCCUGCGCUGGGGCUGCUGCAGGACAUCAGGGACACCUUGCGCAGGGUCCAGGACGUGAAGCUGCAGCCGCCUGAGGUGGUGCCCAUGGAGAUGAGGACGGUGUGCAGGGUCCCGGGGCUGGUGGAGGCCUUGCGGAAGUUCCGAGGGGAUGUGACCCUGGAUCCUGACACCGCCAACCCCGAGCUGGUCCUGUCAGAGGACAGGAGGAGCGUGCGGCGGGGGGACCUGCGGCAGGCGCUGCCCGACAGUCCUGAGCGCUUCGACCCCGGGCCUUGCGUGCUGGGCCGGGAGGCCCUCACGUCAGGUCGUCAUUACUGGGAGGUGGAGGUGGGGGAGCGGGCCAGCUGGGCGCUGGGCGUCUGUAGGGAGACAGCCAACCGCAAGGAGAAGGGCGAGCUGUUUGCCGGCAAUGGCUUCUGGAUCCUGGUGUUCCUGGGCAGCUACUACAACUCAUCUGAGCGCGCCUUCGCCCCACUGCGCAACCCGCCGCGGCGCGUGGGCAUCUUUCUGGACUACGAGGCCGGGCACCUGUCCUUCUACAGCGCCACUGAUGGCUCCCUCUUGUAUGCCUUCCCUGAGACCCCCUUCUCGGGGACCCUGCGAGCCCUUUUCUCACCUCUGUCCAGCAGCCCCACGCCCAUGACCAUCUGCAGGCUGAAAGGUGGGCCCGGGGACGCGCUGGCUCCCCAGUGACGGGGGAGCCUCGUGGCUCCUCACCCUGGCUCCGGGAUCGGGGACUUCUGGCUACACAGGACCCUGGGUGGGUAGUGCUGUCCUCUGAGCCAGGGAGAUGCACACGGUGCCGUGCACAGAUGUGCGCACAGCGGAACUGAAGUGCGCUCGCUCCUGCAAGCGUGCGCUGGCAUGUGCGGGGCCAGCUGCGUUCUUUCCUGAGGGCCACAGGGCACUGAGACAUCCCCAGUCAUCAGCUCUGGUUUCAGAGCCCUACAGAGGUCUGGGGAGAGGCACCACGGCCUGUGGGACAUUCUCCGGCUGAAGCCUGAGCCCCCGACGGCCCUGGAGCUGCUGGCAGGAGGCCACUCCAAGCCUGCCACCCUGUGUCCAGGUCCCAUCCACUACAAGGCAGGGCAGAAUGGGCUUCAGAACAGCCAGGUACCGGGUGGUAUGCGGAGGUGGCCAGAGGAAGCUGGGAGCGCAGGUUAGGGGGCCGAGUGACCACGCCCCUCCCCCAAAUGCAGACCACUUGGGUCUUCCGGAAAAUGCCCUUCCCUGGCUCCCGGUCAGGUGCAGCAGAGGUUAGGGCCCCCGAGGUGAGCAGGCACAGGAGCCCACGGUCUCCCCUGGGCUGAGAACCACCAGCUAGACAGUCACCCUCUCGCUGAUCCCAGAACUCUGUGUACCCGGUCCAUAGGCAUCCCUGCCCUGCCUGGGGAAGGCUAGGCUCAGAGAGCCCCCCCCUUUCCUGCUAACAGUCUGGGAUUUGUCUUUGCUUUGUUCAGACUCUUGGUCACCCUGCUUAAAGGUGUGCUGCAAAUUCUUUGUACCCUAGAUUUUAUUUAUUGUAAGGACCGAUGUCACAGCAAAUAAAUUAACUGUUGUCUGUAA